AUGGCUACAGUCUGUGCAAGACCAGCGCUAGUGGGUCCGCGAGCAUCAGGUUCGCAGCAGAACAUCAACACCUCGGUCAGAGGAAAACCAACAGCUGUGCCAAACAAGCACCUCCCAGACACAUGUUCUCCUGGUCCCACACCGACCAAGCUACAACAACAGCAGCUCGAGACUCCACCGGGGUCUCCCGAAGCGCCUGGCAGUCAGCAAGUAAUCGACAUACCUUCUCUGCUAGUCGACGCCGACAAAUACCCCAGAGUUAGCGAUAGUCCACCCGUCUAUGCAUUGAGCGCUCAAGAGCUCCAUGGAGCAUUGGAACACACUGCUACGCGCCCCUUACCAGACACGAAGACCGUCUUCCCCUGGCUCCAUGGCUUACACCCCGAGAACAACAUUCAGUUGACCUACUUCUCGGCGCGCAACAAGAAACAGUUCCGAAGGGCUCCUCGCACUCUGCGUGGCAUAACAGUCGUCAAGGCAGGAGGUGACCUCAGCCACUCCAAGAUCAGGGGCGCCAUUUCUCCCGAUGAGCUACUGCUCGCAACAAAGACCGGCGAGCAAAUCUCAACCUUCCUCGAUGUCGAUCCCAAAGAUGGCUUCUCCAUCCGAAACUUCCAGAUCCAAGCAGUCAAGAUGGCCACUAUGAGUGAUAUCGUCAUCUAUGCUGACGACAAGACGUCGAAGACGGUGCUCAACAAGUUGGCGUCCAUAAUCGCCAGAGCUCAGAAAGUCUGGAGAGAGAAGGACAGAGACAACGAUGUCGAAGUUCCACAGUUCCACACAUAUGUGAUGANNAAGGUAGUUGAACCAGAUCCUGGAUAG